UUAAUAAUUUAGACAAUGUCCUUUAAUAUAUCUUUUCCUGUUUUCUUAUGGCAGUCUGAUGCUGAAGUUCAUAUACAUUGGAAGGGAGCAGCUGAGAUAGUUUUGGCUGCAUGUUCUGGAUAUCUUGAUUCAAAUGGUUGCCUGCAAUCCAUUAAUGAAGACAAGAAAUUUUUUGAGGCUGCUAUUGACGAAAUGGCUGCAAGUAGCCUGCGCUGCGUUGCCCUUGCAUACAGAUUGUGUGAACAGGAAAAAGUUCCUAGUGAUGAAGAAAGCUGUAGUGAUUGGGUCUUACCUGAAGAUAAUCUUGUUUUGCUUGCUAUUGUUGGUAUAAAGGAUCCUUGUCGCCCAGGUGUUAAAGAUGCUGUGAAAAUAUGUAUGGAUGCUGGUGUUAAGGUACGCAUGGUCACUGGAGACAAUAUCCAAACGGCAAAAGCAAUUGCUUUGGAGUGCGGGAUUCUUAGUUCUGCAAAAGAUGUUACUGAGCCUACCAUCAUCGAAGGAAGGGUGUUCAGAGCCUUACCUGAAAAGGAAAGAGAACAAAAGGCCAAGAAAAUAACGGUAAUGGGGAGAUCUUCUCCAAAUGACAAGCUUUUGCUUGUUGAGGCCUUGCGUAAGGGAGGGGAUGUUGUAGCUGUGACUGGAGAUGGUACCAAUGAUGCUCCUGCGCUUCAUGAGGCGGAUAUAGGUCUGUCUAUGGGCAUUCAAGGGACAGAAGUUGCAAAAGAAAGUUCAGAUAUCAUUAUAUUGGACGAUUAUUUUUCUUCAGUUGUGAAGGUUGUUCGCUGGGGUCGUUCUGUGUAUGCCAAUAUUCAGAAGUUCAUACAAUUCCAGCUUACUGUGAAUGUUGCAGCUCUUGUGAUCAAUGUCGUGGCAGCAAUAUCUUCCGGUGAUGUUCCUUUAAAUUCAGUACAGUUACUAUGGGUUAACCUGAUCAUGGAUACUCUUGGAGCACUUGCAUUGGCCACUGAACCUCCAACAGACAACCUUAUGCAUAGGUCACCGGUUGGCCGAAGAGAACCUCUAAUUACAAACAUCAUGUGGAGGAACUUACUAAUACAGGCUUUAUAUCAAGUUACUGUCCUCCUUGUGCUCAACUUCUGGGGCUUGACCGUUCUUGGUUUGGAGGAUGACUGUGACAGGGAACAUGCUUAUAAAGUGAAGAAUUCUUUGAUAUUCAAUGCGUUUGUCAUGUGUCAAAUAUUCAACGAGUUUAAUGCUAGAAAGCCUGAAGAAAUCAAUUGCUUCAAAGGAGUGACUAAAAACCACCUAUUUAUGGGAAUAAUCGGAUUUACUCUCACACUUCAGAUAAUCAUCAUCGAGUUCCUUGGAAAAUUUACCUCAACGGUGAGACUCGAUUGGCAGCCGUGGCUUGUAUCCGUUGGCAUUGGCAUUAUCAGCUGACCUCUUGCAAUUGUGGGGAAGCUGAUUCCAGUUCCCAAGACUCUGGUUUCGACAUUCUUCGUAAAGCCAUUUCGACAAUGCAGAAGGCCGAGGGAUGCAUGAACAUGGUAUCUGUUGUUCCUUGCAAUCUAAGAAACUGCUAAACCUUGUAUAUAUAAAGGAUAGUGAAAGAGCAGGGCAGUUGCUUAC